CCAGAGGCCCGCCAUUGUAUGUAUGUAGCGCCUGGACAUUUUUAAUUCAAACCUUCUUCAUUUCUUCAUCACGAUCUAUGAAUUUUCCCGGCAUUGCGUCUCGGAAGAAGAUCCCAUCAACGUUCUUUUCCGUUUGGCUCUGAACUAUAUCGAGAGAAAAAUAAAAUAAAAUGAGUGCAUUGUCCUCUAUUGUGGUAGGUUCUCAUGUUUGGGUUGAGGACCCUGAGGUAGCUUGGAUUGAUGGGAAUGUUUUGGAAGUCGAUGGCGAGGAGAUUAAAGUAAACUGUACAUCAGGGAAGACGAUUAUAUCCAAGGCAUCUAAUGUCUACCCAAAAGAUACAGAGGCUCCUUCUGGUGGUGUGGAUGACAUGACAAAGCUUGCCUAUCUCCACGAGCCAGGAGUUUUGGAUAACUUAAAGUGUAGAUACGCGACCAAUGAAAUUUAUACUUACACAGGUAGCAUAUUAAUCGCUGUAAAUCCUUUUAAAAGGCUGCCUGAUCUAUACGGAAAAGACGUUAUGGAGAAGUAUAAAGGAGCUGUGUUUGGAGACUUAAGCCCCCAUCCGUUUGCUAUUGCAGACGCGGCUUACAGGCAGAUGGUGAACGAUGGGAUAAGCCAGUCAAUUUUGGUUAGUGGAGAAAGUGGAGCUGGCAAGACCGAAAGCACAAAAAUGCUUAUGCAAUACCUUGCUUAUAUGGGAGGUAGAGCUGCUGCUGACGGGAGGUCUGUGGAACAGAAAGUCCUUGAGUCAAAUCCAGUUCUUGAAGCAUUUGGAAAUGCAAAAACAGUGAGGAACAACAACUCAAGUCGCUUUGGGAAAUUUGUCGAAAUUCAAUUUGACAAAAGGGGGAGAAUAUCUGGAGCAGCUAUCAGAACAUAUUUGCUGGAACGAUCUCGUGUUUGUCAAGUGUCUGAUCCCGAAAGAAAUUAUCACUGCUUCUACAUGCUUUGCAAUGCACCGCCCGAGGAUGUUGAAAGAUACAAAUUGGCAAAUCCUAGAAAAUUUCACUAUCUAAACCAAUCCAACUGCUAUGAAUUGGAUGGCUUGGACGAAUCUAAAGAGUACCUUGCCACUCGGAGGGCUAUGGAUGUUGUAGGAAUAAGUUCUGAUAAACAGGAUGCAAUUUUUAGAGUGGUGGCUGCAGUGCUCCACUUGGGUAACAUUGAAUUUGAAAAGGGGAAUGACCCUGAUUCUUCAGAACCCAAGGAUGAUGAAUCUCGCUCCCAUCUUAAGAUUGUAGCUGAUCUUUUCAUGUGUGAUGAGAAGUCACUUGAGAACUCCUUGUGCAAACGCAUCAUGGUAACUCGCGAUGAGAAGAUCACAAAAUCUCUUGAUGCACAAGCUGCUGCUACCAGUAGGGAUGCUCUGGCAAAAACAGUUUAUUCUAGACUAUUUGAUUGGCUUGUGGACACGAUAAACAAUUCUAUUGGCCAAGAUCUUGAUUCCAACCAUUUAAUUGGAAUUCUGGAUAUUUAUGGAUUUGAGAGUUUCAAGACAAACAGUUUUGAACAAUUUUGCAUCAAUUUGACUAAUGAAAAGCUGCAGCAGCAUUUCAACCAGCAUGUCUUCAAGAUGGAGCAAGAAGAGUAUACCAAAGAGGAAAUUGACUGGAGUUAUAUAGAGUUUGUUGAUAACCAAGAUAUUCUUGAUCUCAUAGAAAAGAAGCCUGGAGGAAUCAUUGCUCUUCUUGACGAGGCCUGCAUGUUCCCAAGGUCCACUCAUGAGACUUUCGCUGAAAAGCUCUAUCAAACCUUCAAAGAUAAUAAGCGCUUCAGCAAGCCAAAACUAUCCCGGACUGACUUCACUGUUUGCCACUAUGCUGGAGAUGUCACAUAUCAAACUGAUUUCUUUUUGGAUAAGAACAAAGAUUAUGUUAUCCCAGAGCAUCAGGAACUCCUCAUUCUCCUCUAUUGGUACCAGAUUUAAGCAACAAUUGCAAGCGUUGCUUGAGACACU